AUGACUGCAGAAAUGGUAAAGCGAUUUGGCAGCCUCGCUAAUAAACUUCUGCACGCGUGUUGCCGAGAGGAAGAUGGUGGCGGUGGCGGCGGCGGCGGGGCAGAAGUAGAGGGAAAAUCGGGGGGUGGGGUGGGGAGUGCAGGACUGCCGGAUCCUUAUUUCCAAAGAGUGAAUUCCAGUUUUUCGAGCAAAAGCAGAGGAGAAGAAGAAGAAGAAGAAGAAGAAGAAGAAGAAGAAGAAGAAGAAGACGAAGAAGAAGAAAGAAAAGAAAAGAAGGGGAUCCAAUUAGUAGGAGACUGGCUGGAUCCGGAACAAAGAAGACAGAAGAAGAAGAAGAAGAAGAAGAAGAAGAAGAAGAAGAAAAAGAAGGGGAUCCAAUUAGUAAGCAGACUGCUGGAUCCGGAACAAAAAGAGGAACCGCAGAAGUAA